AUGUUUGUCAGAGGAGCGGCAGUCCUCGGCUGGGCUGCGGCUUUGCCAUCACUGGCAAAGCCAUUCGUUGCCGCCCAUCGUGGCAACUUUACCGAUGACCGUCACAACUUCUUGCUCGAUGGCGUUCCCAUCAAGUUGAAAGGGGGCCAGAUGGACCCCCAGCGCAUUCCGCCCCCGUACUGGACUCAGCGGCUGCAGAUGGCAAAGGCCAUGGACUUGAACACCAUCUUCUCUUACGUAUUUUGGAAUAAUAUUGAACCGAUAGAGGGUUCCUGGGACUUUGAGGGGCGUAAUGCCAUUGCCCGAUCGAUCCUCAUGAACCAGCUGGAGAAUGAAUACGGCAGCUUUGGCAAGGACAAGGCCCAUCUCCAGGCCAUGGCGGAGAUGCUCAAAGCCAACUUUAACGGAUUUCUCUACAUCAACGACGGUGAUGGCAAGAGCUAUCUCGACGGAGGCUCUCUGCACGGCAUUAUGGCAGAGACGGAUGGUGAUUCCAAGACGGUCUUUAACGCCCGAGAUCAAUAUGUGACUGAUCCUACCAUGCUUGGGCCACAGAUCGACGGAGAGUACUACGUGACUUGGAUUGAUGACUGCUCGAGCAACUCGCCCUGUCAGUACACCUCUGGAAGGCCCGACGCCACCAAGAAAGCUCUUGAUGACCUCGACUGGAUCCUGGCCGGCAACAACUCCUUCAGCAUCUACAUGCUCCACGAGUGCACCAACUGGGGUCAUUUACUAGUCAUGACUACGGCACCCUCUGGACGAGAGCGGCCACGCGACCGGGUCAUCGUAUACGUUAACGGUGAGGUCGGUGUCAUUGACAAGACGCCCGCCACCCCAGCGACUGUCAUGGACCUGAAGCAGGGCGACGUCUUGCAGCUCCUUGUCGAAAACCUCGGCCGCAUCGACUACAGCCAGCAGCUCAAGGGGCAGCAAAAGGGCAUCGUGGGCAACGUCACGGUUGGAAAGGAUGCGGUCCUGGAUGGGUGGUCUGCGUAUUCCCUGCCGGCUGCCCUGACGGAUGAGAAAGCCAAGACGCCUCAAAUCAAGGACGGGCGCACUCCAGUCCUCUACAAGGGCACAUUUGGCCUGCCCGGGGGGCGCGAGCAAUGA